AUGGAUUCUAAAAUCAUAAGCUUACAGAGGGAGAUCCGAGUACUUUCUUUCCUGCGAGAUGUCCCAGGUGUUCAGAAGAUAGUCAUGGUUUGUCCUGAGGAACUAACUAUGAUUACAGUGUUCGCCGGGGACUCCCUCAAGGAAUACUUGAAGAUUAAUGACUGUACCUUCUCCGAACGCCUCCAGAUCGUACAACAGGUCACCCGUACACUGAUCGCGGUUAACAGUCGUGGAUGGCUGCACAACGACGUUAAAACUGGUAACAUUUGCAUCCAGAAGACCGACAAGGGGAUCCAAGCCACGCUCAUUGACUUCGGUAUCGCCACUAAAGUUGGAAGUUUCAUUAAAUUUAACUCAACAAGGGCCCCCGACCACAAUGUCCCAGAGGUCGUAAAAAGAUGCCCACUCACCACCAAGGCCGACGUGUACAGCGUUGGCCGUCUCCUGGAGCGACUUAUGAAAGAUGAAUUGCACCUCCUUACCCCUAACGCCCAGCAAUGGUUGAUCCACGCCUUCAACAUUGACCCAACCAAACGACAAUCCUUAAAGAAGCUGUUAAAAUAUUUGGUAUGA